ACUCAGCCCUUUGGGCACCGCCUCCCUGGGAUGAAACUAAGGUGUGUGUGUGUGUGUGUGAGAGAGAGAGAGAGAGAGAGAGAAAGAAAGAAAGAGAAAGAGGCUGGGAAUCUAAAUGAUUGACUGAACGAGUCAGCGCGCGCCUUCCCGGUUUUGUGCUCAUCAUGGCGUUAUGGGGGUUGCAACAGCUGUUCCUGUAUGCGUGCGAGAAGUACAGAAUUUAACUCGGAGAGGAAAUGUCCUGGAUGCUACAACAAACUAAUCAUAUGAUUGGACUUUAAAAGCAAUUACAAAGCGUUGGAAAGGAGAGGCUGCUAUUAUGGUUCUACUUUGUGUACGGGUGAAGAAAGCCAAGUUCAAUGGGCCCCAGGAUAAAUUCCACUGUUACGUGAUCUUGAAGGUACAAAAUGUCAAAAGUACAACUAUCACUGUUCGUGGUCACCAGCCAUCCUGGGAGCAGGACUUCAUGUUUGAGAUAAGCCGAUUGGACCUUGGCUUAACUGUUGAAGUCUGGAACAAGGGAUUAAUCUGGGACUCAAUAGUGGGCACUGCUUGGAUUCCUCUCCAGGACAUCCGACAAUCCAGUGAGGAUGGUCCUGGACAGUGGGUCUCCCUUCAUGCUGAUGUACUGAUGAAUGAAGAUGAGAUUUGUGGCACCAGAAAUCCCACACAGCAUGAAAUAUUGCUGGACACGCGCUUUGAACUUCCUUUUGAUAUCCCAGAAGAAGAAGCUAGAUAUUGGUCCUUGAAACUGGAGCAAGCAAACGCAGUGAUUGGCAUUGAAAAGGAGGAGAUUCAAUUUCCUGUACAAUAUGGAACUGAAAAGAAUACUUUACCAGCUGUGGCUUCCCAGUUCUCACUGGAAGAACAAGACAGUGCCGUGGAUGAUCGGGACAGUGAUUAUCGUAGUGAAACAAGCAAUAGCAUGCCUCCACACUUCAAUAUUGCAGCCCAGUCAAACUCCUCUACUCAUCAAUAUCCUGUCUCUCCACGACUUCAACGCCAGGCUAAUUCUCGUGAGUCCUGCACAGAUUCCAUGCAAAGCUAUGAUAUGGAUUACAGGGAAAAAGGAGGAAUCAGCCCGGCAGGAAGCAGUCGGUAUGGCUCCUCUGGAAACCUUAGUCAAAGCAGUUCUCAGCUGAGUGAACCAGACCAAGGCAAUGUCCUGAAUAUGGAAACUGAUCAGGAUUAUAACUCUACUCACUUCCACCAAACCUCUGGUCAAGUCUGGAUAGUUACGAGAAGGAAGAGCUCUUGUGAACAACUCAACAUUAGUACUCUACAUGAAAGCAGUACUGAAGACUCAUCGGAUAGGAAGCUAGAGGAGCAGAAAAACAGCCUUAUUGAAGACGUGGGAGCCCUAAAAGUCUCUCCAUCAAGAUCCCAAUGGAUCACUGCCAUUAACAAAGUGAGAGUACAAUUACAUGAGAGCCUCAAUGAUGGGCAUCCUAACAAACCUUCUUGGAUUAAAUGUGGGUCAGGUGCUGGUCUGUAUGGAAUUGACAGUAUGCCGGACCUGCGUAAAAGAAAGCCUAUCCCGCUGGUUAGUGACUUGUCACUGGUACAAUCAAGAAAAGCAGGAAUUACAUCAGCUUUAGCAACCCGAACAUCCCUCAAGGAUGAAGAUUUAAAGAGCCAUGUUUACAAGAAAACUCUUCAAGCACUAAUCUACCCCAUUUCCUGCACCACGCCUCACAAAUUUGAGAUCUGGACAGCCACAACACCUACCUACUGCUAUGAGUGUGAAGGUCUGCUCUGGGGAAUUGCCCGUCAGGGUAUGAGAUGCACAGAAUGUGGGGUCAAGUGUCAUGAGAAGUGCCAGGACCUUUUAAAUGCAGACUGCCUACAGCGCAGUCUCAUAAAAAAUUCACCUGCUAUCCAGUUUAGAGACACACGCCAGAGGAAUAUGCUUACCAUCCAGGAGAAGGUGAAACUCUUGGAUAUGAUCAGAGAUGGCAAGAAAAUCAUGGAGGUUGCCCGGCAUUACAACUUGAAUGAGUCUACUGUUCGCUACAUCCGUAAAGAUGAAAAGAACAUCCGUGAAACGGCUACUGUCUCUUUCAACAAAGAAGCAAAGCGCAUUGUGACAAGUCGUAAUAAGUUCAUUGUGAAAAUGGAAUCUGUCCUAGCAAUUUGGAUCAGCGACAGCCGCAAGAAAAACAUUCCGUUGGAUUCGCUGGUCAUCCGGGAGAAGGCAAGGCAGCUCUAUCAGCGCUUUACGGCGGACGAUCCUCAGCCAGGACCCUCUUCUGCAACAUUUAUAGAUUUCACGGCGAGCAAGGGUUGGUUUGAAAAGUUCCAGAAGAGGUAUCAUCUGAAGAGUGUCGUUCUCCACGGAGAAGCUGCCUCUGCUGAUCAGCCUGCAGCAGAGGACUACGUGAACAACACGUUCAAAAAAAUCCUUGAGGAGGGCAAGUAUCAUCCAGAACAGGUGUUCAAUAUGGAUGAAACAGGACUUUUCAGGAAAAGAAUGCCUUCCCGGACAUUCAUUUUCAAGGAUGAGGCCAAGGUCCGUGGCUUCAAGGCGUUUAAAGAUCGCCUGCCAGUGCAUUGGAUGCACAACAACAAGGGCUGGAUCACAAAGCAGCUGUCAUCGGACUGGUUUCACGAGUGCUUCAUCCCCCAAGUCAAGCUGUAUCUCGCGGAGAAGGGACUCGAGUUUAAUGUCCUUCUCCUCAUGGACAAUGCAGGAGGUCAUGCGCAAGACCUAUCCUACGGCGGUGUGCGGAUCGAGUUCCUUCCUCCCAACACCACUUCGCUGAUCCAGCCCAUUCGCGCGUUCAAAGCCCUCUACACGCGAAACACCCUGCAGCACCUCGUCGAAGGUAUGAACUUUGAGCAGAACUUCUUGCUGAAGGAGUACUGGCGGCAGUAUACCAUCGCAACCUGUCUGAAGAACAUCCAGGCUGCAUUGAAGGACAUAAAGACGGAGACCGUGAAGGCUAGCUGGAAGAUGUUGUGGCCUGAAAUUGUCCACGACUACAGAGGACUCACCCCAGAGGAUAUAAGCGACUCAGCAGUGGAUAAGGCAGUUAGGCUAGCCCACAUGCUGACAGGAGAAGGUUUCGCGGAUAUGACUCGCGAUGACGUGGAUGAGCUGCUGGAGACACACUCGGACCCCUUAAAUGACGAGGAUCUGGUGGAGAUGACUAAAUCUGCGAGUGAGGAGGAGGAGCAGGAGCAGCCAGAGGUUCCUGGGGUUGUGUCUGCACAGGGUCUUCAAGCCAAGGAUAAAACUGGAUCCAGUGACCCCUAUGUUACUGUGCAAGUGGGCAAAACAAAGAGGAGGACUAAAACUAUCUAUGGGAAUCUUAACCCUUUUUGGGAUGAGAAGUAUCAUUUUGAAUGCCACAAUUCUUCAGAUCGGAUCAAAGUUCGUGUAUGGGAUGAGGAUGAUGACAUCAAAUCUCGGGUAAAGCAGAGGCUGAAGCGCGAGUCUGAUGAUUUUCUGGGUCAAACAAUCAUCGAAGUGCGAACAUUAAGCGGAGAAAUGGAUGUUUGGUACAAUCUUGAGAAGAGAACAGACAAGUCUGCUGUAUCAGGAGCUAUACGGCUGCAGAUUAGUGUAGAAAUAAAGGGUGAAGAGAAGGUGGCACCAUAUCAUAUACAAUACACCUGUUUGCAUGAGAACCUUUUCCAUUACCUGACAGACAUCCAGAGCAGUGGCUCUGUCAAAAUUCCUGAUUCCAAGGGUGAUGAUGCCUGGAAAGUUUAUUUUGACGAAGUUGGCCAAGAAAUUGUGGAUGAAUUUGCAAUGCGUUAUGGGAUUGAGUCUAUUUAUCAAGCUAUGACGCACUUUGCUUGCUUGUCAUCAAAGUACAUGUGUCCUGGAGUACCUGCUGUCAUGAGCACUUUGCUUGCCAACAUUAAUGCAUACUAUGCUCACACUGCUGCUUCCACCAAUGUCUCUGCCUCUAACCGUUUUGCAGCUUCCAAUUUUGGGAAAGAGCGGUUUGUGAAGUUACUGGAUCAGCUGCAUAAUUCUCUUCGCAUAGACCUCUCCAUGUAUCGGAACAAUUUCCCAGCAAGCAGCUCAGAAAGACUACAGGAUCUCAAAUCCACAGUGGAUCUGUUGACAAGCAUCACAUUCUUCCGCAUGAAAGUUCAGGAGCUGCAGAGUCCUCCACGAGCCAGCCAGGUGGUCAGGGACUGUGUCAAAGCUUGCCUUAAUUCUACUUAUGAGUACAUCUUCAACAAUUGCCAAGACCUGUACAAUCGUGAAUAUCAAGCCCAUCCGCAAAAUAAGGCUGAUGAACCCCCAGAAGAGCAGGGUCCCAACAUCAAAAACCUAGACUUUUGGCCUAAAUUGAUCACUCUCAUAGUGUCAAUCAUUGAAGAGGAUAAAAACUGCUACACUCCUAUUCUUAGCCAAUUUCCUCAAGAGCUUAAUGUGGGGAAGAUUAGUGCAGAAGUGAUGUGGAAUCUUUUCUCUCAGGACAUGAAAUAUGCCAUGGAAGAACAUGAAAAGCAUAGAUUAUGCAAGAGUGCUGAUUACAUGAAUCUGCACUUUAAGGUUAAGUGGCUGCACAAUGAAUAUGUAAAGGAUCUGUCAGCAGUGAAGGGUGUCAUCCCAGACUAUCCUGUGUGGUUUGAACCAUUUGUGUUGCAGUGGCUGGAUGAGAAUGAAGAAGUUUCACUAGAAUUCCUACAUGGAGCCUUGGAGCGAGACAAGAAGGAUGGGUUCCAACAGACUUCAGAGCAUGCCCUGUUCUCCUGCUCUGUAGUAGAUGUGUUUACGCAGCUUAACCAGAGUUAUGAGAUCAUUAGGAAGCUGGAAUGCCCUGACCCUACCAUCCUUGGAUAUUACAACAGGAGGUUUGCAAAGACUAUUGGAAAGGUUCUUAUUCAAUAUGCCGAUAUAAUCUCCAAGAGUUUUGAAUCCUACUGUGACAAGGAAAAGCUGCCUUGUAUUCUAAUGAACAAUAUUCAGCAGCUGAGAGUUCAGCUGGAGAAGAUGUUUGAGGCUAUGGGAGCAAAAGAGUUGGACCUUGAAGCUAGUGAUAACUUGAACGACCUUCAAGUGAAACUGAACAAUGUCCUAGAUGAACUCAGUACUGUAUUUGGGAACAGCUUUCAGAAUCAGAUUGAGGACUGUGUAAAACAGACGAGUGACAUUCUAAGCCAGGUCAGAGGAACUAGCAAUGUACCAGCCAAUGCUCGCAAUUCAGUGGCAGCAGAUGCUGAUAGUGUUCUGCGGCCUUUGAUGGAUUUCUUGGAUGCAAAUCUGAUGUUGUUUGCAAAGGUGUGUGAGAAGACAGUACUGAAGAGGGUGUUAAAAGAUCUUUGGAGGAUAGUGAUAAAUACUCUGGAAAAAACCAUUGUCCUGCCCCCUCUCACAGAUGUUUCGGGAACACAGCUGAUCUUCUCAGCAGCAAAGGAACUGGGACAUCUCUCCAAAUUGAAGGAUCAUAUGGUAAGAGAUGAAGCCAAGAGCCUGACACCUAAGCAAUGUGCUGUUCUGGACCUGGCAUUAGACACAAUCAAGCAAUACUUUCAUGCUGGUGGGAAUGGGCUAAAGAAAACAUUUUUAGAGAAAAGCUCAGAGCUGCAGUCCUUACGCUAUGCACUUUCCCUUUACACUCAGACUACAGACACACUCAUCAAGACAUUUAUACAGACACAGACUUCACAAGGCUCAGGCGUAGAAGAUGCUGUUGGAGAGGUUUCCAUUCAGGUUGACCUGUUUACCCACCCAGGAACCGGUGAGCACAAAAUCACUGUUAAAGUUGUGGCUGCAAAUGACUUGAAAUGGCAGACUUCAGGAAUGUUUCGGCCUUUUGUUGAGGUGACCAUGAUUGGACCACACCUCAGCGAUAAGAAGCGCAAGUUUACUACAAAGUCCAAGAACAAUAACUGGGCUCCAAAAUACAAUGAAACCUUCCACUUCAUCCUAGGUAAUGAAGAUGGACCGGACUGUUACGAGCUACAGGUCUGUGUGAAGGACUACUGCUUUGCCAGGGAAGACCACGUGCUUGGAAUGUCAGUGAUGCAGCUACGGGAUAUUGCAGACAAGGGCAGCUGUGCAUAUUGGUGCCCACUGGGGCGUCGAAUCAAUAUGGAUGAGACUGGAAUGACAAUUCUACGGAUUUUGUCACAGCGCACUAAUGAUGAGGUGGCUCGGGAGUUUGUCAAGCUCAAAUCAGAGUCACGUUCAAAUGAGGAAGGAAGCUGAGACUGCAAGUAUUCCUCCAGAUCCCAUAAAAUUUUUAUGACUCUCUUUCUUUUACAGGCAUAGCAGUUUGACUUGCCUUAGAUCUGGUCAAGGUGCCUUGCAUAUUUUCUUUGGUUUUGGACUUGUAUUGUCUCCUCUCCCAAAUACAAAUAAGCAGACAUUCACCCGUGGUCAGUUUUGUUGAAGGGUCUCUGAUCUACCUCUAUCUGCACUUGGUGACAGGUGUUUUAUUUACAUUUGGUUGAAAAGCAGUUUUGCCUUGUAAUUAAACAGACCUUUAACGUCACUGGUAUCCAGACUAUCUGCAGGAUUCCAGAGUUGUCCCAGAGAUUAUAACAAGUGUCCAUAGUGGAUAAAAACAGGUGCCAUGUUACCUUUACAAAGCUGGCUUGGAACCUUAGGCUGGUAUUGAUAUUGUGAUGUCACUAUUUAUGUGCCAAUGCCUUAGAGCAGAAAUCUUAGAUAUCUGAAGAUAACAUUGCCAAGUAGGUGGACCUCUGAGUAUACAAACCUAUGGUUCAUUUGUUACAAAAGUAUUGUUGCUAUCUUCUUUUCUUAAGCUGUCUUUUAAUUUUUCAGACUAUAGUCACCAGACACAAAAUGCUACUGUCCCAAACAAAUUCUGAAUGUCUUCUUCAAUCAGAUAUUUGUGAUCCAUUAUAAUAUAUCAAAUAAAAAAACCUCUGGAAGUGUUGCCAAGUAGAAAUGUAGUCAUUUCCAUUUCUAUGGUAGAUAUCAACGUAACUAAUUCUAAUUAACUUAUUUUUGUUGUGCUCCCUCUUGGUUUCUGGGAAUGUUUCUGAAAGGUACUGAUGUCUUUGAUUUCACAGGCAUUGAUGUGGUUACAAUGUGCCACAUGUUUAAAACCAUUCAGAACAGACAGUUCUGACUUACAGACCAGUUAUUAACUAAAAUACUUAAUCAUGACUAGAAUUCUGUGAUGACUUUGAAUUUUUUUUUCCAAAAGCCAUUGAUUUUGUAUCAUUUUAACUUCAAUGCUAGUGUGCCAAAUGUUGACAGUAAUUUUAUGUUUUUCCACUCACAAUGUAUGGUUUGGUGUGAGGUAAUUGCAAUUGUCUAUUGCAAGAUGAUGAUGGUUAGUACAACUGUCAAAGAUGGUUCUAUAUAAGGCAGCAUGUCAGAAACACAGUAAGAGUUUACUAGUUAUUAUCUCCCCCAGCUAAUGCUGAAUGUAGAUUGCCAGUCUUGUUAAAUAGGUCCGAAGAUGUUAAUUGGAUUUUAAUGAUAAGAUGUAGCAUACACUCCUGAGUUUUAACUUUCUAGACCUGCAGAUGUUUAAGGAUCUUUUACUGGACUAAUAAUUUAAAAAGAGCAUUUCUUCUGGUUUACUAACAAUGGCAAUAAUCAUGAGAAGCUCAACCAUCCUAUAAUAUUCUUCUGUCAUCAUUGAACAAAAUCUUUGAUUCUAGCAAAAAUGUCAAGACCAUAAUAAACACAGGAGCCUGUAAUACCUCUUCAAUUAAGCCUUGUAAAUAUUUUCUUUUUGGAGUGGGUAUUUGCAGAAUGGAAAAAAUGUCACUUGCAGAAGCUCAGAUUUAUUGCAUUACCUUCUUUUAGAAAAUAUAGAAAAUGGCACAAUAGUCACAAGAAAGUGGUAUUUGUGUACCCAAAUUGUACCUGUGAAGUCCAGCCUGUGCACUCUAUUUUAAUAAACUUUAAAUGGUAAAUCAA